UAAAUAUUACAAAACACCGAGACCAGGUAGUAAAUUGUUUCUCGUUUGAACGUUUCGACUGAAUUUGAGCAUGGGCAGACAAGCUGACUGAUUAGUUCACCGAAUCAGAUACGUGCUGGGAGUAACGCAAGGUGAACUUCCUUGUCCUGUUUCUUUUAUUAUGUCCGUAUUGUUCAGUGUAUGAGAAUGCCUCGUGAUCGAAACUGGUAGAGAAAAACAAACAGUUAAACUGAUCUACAUUCGUCGAUAUCAAAACCUUCAUUCUGAUCGUAUACUCAGUAACAUGAUAAACGUUGCCGUGGUGUUGCUGUCCGUGUGUGUGGGAGUCCCUGGUGUGACGUCAUCGGCGCUGUCGGACUACGUGUUUAGACCCGAUCCCCACUACAAGUAUGAAAUACUGAGAAAAACAAGAGGAGAGGGAUACACCCAUUAUGUCAUCAAUAUGACGUCACAAAAAUGGCUAUCAGACAAAAUAUCUAAUCACGCAAUUUGGUGGCACUAUUUGUCCAUGGUGGUACCGGAUAAGCUCAAAUAUCCCAACGACUGCUUUCUCUUCAUCGACGGUGGAUCCAAUCACAAAAGCCCUCCAAACGAAACCACCCGGUCUACGGUUGUCAUUACCAUGUUGGCAAUAAGUACCGGUAUGAUCACCGGAAAUCUGCACACAGUUCCCAAUGAACCAAUCUCGUUUGUCGAAGACCCGACACAUAAGUCUAGAAAGGAAGAUUUAAUCAUUGCAUGGACUUGGAAAACAUUUGUAGAUAACAACCAUACAGUGCCAGAGUAUCUCCUUCGUUUUCCGAUGACCAAGGCUGUUGUGCGAGCAAUGGACACAUUAGCAGAGGUGGCUGGAAAGCUGAACGUUACCAACAAACUGGAUCGAUUUUACUUGUCUGGAGCAUCUAAACGUGGCUGGACCACGUGGACAGCUGGUGCCGUAGAUCCUCGAGUAAAAGGCAUCGUUCCUGUUGUUAUGGAUCUUCUACACAUGGUCAAGAACUUGCAUCACCAAUUCCGGGCGUACGGCGGCUGGACCUUCGCUUUUAAAGCUUACUACGAACUGAAUUUCACGCAACUGCUAGAUAAUCCAAGAACUCAGCUGAUGGCUGACUAUGUUGACCCAAUUUCGUUCAAAGACACCCUGACAAUGCCGAAGUUGAUCAUCAGUGCUACAGGGGAUGAAUUCUUCCUACUAGACGACUCGCACUAUUACUACAAUGAUCUUAUUGGACCCAAAUAUCUUAAAAUCCUACCAAACGCUGAACAUUCGUGUAUUGGACACACUGUUGACAUUUUCUUUACAAUCAGGAGUUUCAUCCUCUCCAUCGCCACGGCAGCACCUCUACCCGAACUAACAUGGAAACGAGAAAUAACUCCAUUCGGUGGACGUAUUACGGUAUUUUCUAACAUCGCUCCGCUAAAGGUGAACGCAGUGUACGCACACACCCUGGAUGGACUAAGACGCGACUUCCGUCUGUUUGUUGGUGGUCCAGAUGGUAAACCAUAUCCACACCCGGUCUUGUGGUACGAGAGAAAAGUCCAGUCUCUGGGGAACAAUUCUUAUAUGAUUGAAUUUGAAGCCCCACAAAAUGGUUGGCUCGCUUUCCUUAUUCAGGUGGCGUAUCCAGGAGUUGAUGACAGUGUUCUGGAGUUUACCACGGAGACUCAGAUUAUUCCCGACACAUUCCCCUUCCCAGACUGUCAUGGCGACGGGUGUCAUGGAACUCUGGUGUGACCCUGGCAACAAUGGGUCUGUGUUAUGCUUGCUUUAUCAGUUGCGGAUCCAGGGGGAGGGUCGAGACAUUCCGGACCUCUCCCCCGUGCUCACAACGAAAACAAUUCCACUGAGUGUAAUGUGCAUUCGCCGCUAAUACUAGAUUUCCAGUUACAUGUUCUUUAUAUCGUUAAUUUUAAUCGAAACGAGGUUUUCUGUUUAAAAUAUCACAAUAAUAUUUUUUUUUUAUUAUUAUUUAUUUAGCCAUUGUGUGUUUAAAGGGACAUUCCUGAGUUUGCUACAUUUUAAGAUGUUUCCGACUAAUAAAAUAUU